AUGGCCUCUUCACCCUUUCCCCGGCGGGAUCCUCGUGAUCCCAGCAAGGUCGAAGCCUGGAUUCUGGGCAGCGGCCUGCCGUCGCUCACGGCCGCCGUGCACCUGAUCCAGGAAGCCGGGGUGCCGCCGUCGCGUGUCCACAUACUUGAGAAGCUGAGUAUGGCCGGCGGCGGCACUGUCAGCUAUGGUGAUGCCACGAACGGGUAUGACUUCCGCGCAGGAGGUCUGCCACAAUUCAACGAUGUGUGUAUGGAACAUCUGUUGUCCUUGGUCCCGUCGACGACGCGCCCUGGACGUACGGUCCUGGACGAUCUGGUCGCGUACAACGAGGAGAACCCGUUGAAGGAAGCAUCCCACACGCGGUUUCUCAGCCACAAGUCGUACGGUUUGUCGCGAACGGAUCCAAAGAAAGUCAAUUUGGGCCUGCGCGACAGGGUCGACCUGUUCAUGUUGACCUCCAAAACGGAAAAGGCCCUCGGACGGACUCGCAUCAACGAAUACUUUAGCGAAAGCUUCUUCAAGAGCAACUACUGGCUGAUGCUGGCCACUACGUUUGGCUUCCAGCCAUGGCACAGCGCUGCCGAACUCCGACGCCUCAUCUCGCGCUUCAUGCAUGAUAUCCAUGACUUAAACCGCCCGAGGCGACUAGACCGCGGCCAGUAUAAUCGCCAUGAGGCGAUCGUAGGUCCCAUCGCCAAAUUCCUCGUCUCCUCCGGGGUUGACUUCCAAUUCAACACCACCGUCACCGACAUCGUCACGCAAUGCACCUCAAGCUCCUCCACCUGCCGCAUCACCGAGAUCCACGCCACCAAGGACGACAACCCAGAGCACGCCAUCCACCUCAGCCCCGACGACAUUGUCUUUGUAUCCCUUGGCUCCGUGAUGUCCGGUGCCACGACGGGCACCAACAUCACGCCGCCAUCGCUCGAAUUCAUGGAAAUCGACAAAGACCUCGACGAGAACUGGCUCCUGUGGCUGGAGCUCUCCACGAACGACGCCCGCUUCGGCAACGCCUACAACUUCUGCACGCGCAUGACCGAAUCCCGCAUCGCAUCCUUCACCAUCACGUUCAAAAACCAGGACUUCUUCCACCGCUUCGUCCAGCUCACCGGCGACAAGCCCGGCACCGGCUCCCUUGUCACCCUCAGGGACAGCCGCUGGCUCAUCACGCUGAAGAUCCCGCAGCAGCCGGUCUUCCCGGACCAGCCCGGCGACGUCUACGUGCUGUGGGGGUACGCGCUGUACCCCGAGCACCACGGCAACUUUGUCAACAAGUCCAUGAUCAACUGCUCGGGACAGGAGGUCUUGAUGGAGAUCCUGCACCAGCUGCAGUUCCCCGUCGACAAGAUCCUCCGCGACUCCAUCACCAUCCCGUGUCUGGUGCCGCGCGCCACGGCUACGCUGUUGCCGAGGGCGUGUGGCGACCGCCCACCGGUGAUCCCGGAGCGCAUGGAGAAUAUUGCCCUCAUCGGGCAGUUUGUGGAUAUCCCGGAUGAGCCUGUCGCCACGCAGGACUAUAUGAUUCGUGGAGCGCAGAUUGCUGUUAAUGAAUUGAUGGGCUUGAAUCAGAGUAUUAAGAAGGGGAAGAAGUAUCCGGCCAUUAACUUGAUGAUCUGA